GUUAACGCGUGGCGUUUGAGCUUGCGGGAUCGGAAGGAUAUUAACGGAAAAGUGGUCCCAGUAUUUGAAGUUGAAAUCACAAUAAAGGAUAGUGAAUUUUAAUAGCAGAAAAAUUGCUAUGUGAAAAGUGAGACUAAACUAAUAAAGUGUGUUCAUGAAGAGAGCGUACAUAUGUAUAUGUAAAUGUAAGAAAAUACCAAUAUGAGCGUCUGUGUUACCUGGUGUAUUGAAGAGUUACCGACACCCACUGUACUAAUUAAAUAAGUUGAAAUUGUUUUGUUAACAUUGUGAUACUUAACACAUUACAUAUAAAUUGUGAGGGAAAGUUUUAAUUUCGUUGGUGCUCGUGUAAUGUAAAAUACAUAUCCUCGUACAACAAAAAUGUGCAUACACGAAUAGAGAAAAAAUACUAAACGAAUAAUUUGAAUUAAAUACAAAAUUAAAAUUAGCAUUUAAUAGUUGUCAUUAACAACAUACAUACUUAUGUCGGCAGAUUCGUACGGCUACGCGUUUUAAAGCAAACUCGUCGCCUCAAGUUCGCAUAUUUUCGUUCGAACCUUCUCAAAAACACUUCUUAUGUAAAAGGGUUUCAGUGUUAUCUUAAUUUAAUUUAAAAUGCAAGUGAAUAUUUUUUUUCCGUGAAUGAGUCUGGCGUACAUAUAUCUCAAAUAGUUUAUAUUAGCGUUUGUAAUAAAGUAAAAUUAGGUUUAAUUUUAUUCUUAAAAAAUUAACAAUAUAAUAUCAAAGAGCGAAAUGAUUAAAUGACCAAUAAAAAUUGAAUUUGAAGUUUACAAUUGUGUCAAUAAGUAAAACAGAGAAAAUAUAGGAUAUAAUAAAUAGAUUUGUGUAAUUCGGUAACAAAGUGGGAGAUUAAGUGAAUAACUCUCCCAAAAUGUCGCACUUCAGCGCGAUUUUCGAGAAUUUACGAUUGGUAGCUGCAAAACGUAUGCCUAACACUCCCACGUAUCAACAAAGCCAACAGCAGCAAAAACAACGCAAUACAACAGCAAACGAAGAAAUCCAAACAAACCAUCAUUCCUCGCCGCCAACACCGGAAAUGAGCAGCGAAAAAGAAAAUGACAAUAGAAGGUCGCAAAUAUACAUUAAAGAGCCACACGAAAAGCUGCAGCAGCAAACUGUAUCUUUGACAGCAAUAACAAUAGCAGGUGGCAGUAAAGGUGCCCAUUGCACAUCCAAACGACAAAAUUACGCAAAAAGGCAGAGCGUUUCAGGUCGAGGUGCUGAUAAUGCCAAAAACUCGCCGGUGCAUAUUGGACGCAGUGCGGUGGUAGGCAGCGGUGGGCCUGGUGUUAUUGUUGAAAUCGAUGUAAAUUGCAGCAGUGGGGGAGGCGGAGGUAAAGCACGCGAGCUUUCACCUACCCCGAAGAAUACGGGACAGCGCAAAAUGUCGCAGGAUUUUCGUGCACGAGCUGGUAGUUUUAUACACGUUGAUGAAGAGGGACGCAGUAUACUUAUACGUAAGCCAGUGCGUCUAAAGAAUAUCGAAGGUCGUCCAGAGGUUUACGAUACUUUGCACUGUAAGGCUAAAGAGUCACUAUCGUGUUCGAAGGCAACAUGUAUGAGCAGUGUUAUGGCCCUGGGAACGGCCCCAGUUGAAGCAAGAAAGUCUGAUGUAGUUAUGGAACAUGCUAAAGACUUUUUGGAUCAAUACUUUACAUCAAUAAAAAGAGCUUCAAGCGUCGCUCACGAUACUCGAUGGAAACAAGUACGUCACAAUAUCGAAUCUAGUGGUUCUUAUCAACUUACAGAAACCGAAUUGAUUUAUGGUGCAAAAUUGGCUUGGCGGAAUUCAUCACGCUGCAUUGGACGCAUACAAUGGUCCAAAUUACAGGUUUUCGAUUGCCGUUAUGUUACGACAACCAGUGGUAUGUUUGAAGCUAUUUGCAAUCACAUCAAAUAUGCUACCAAUAAAGGAAAUCUCAGGUCGGCAAUUACGAUAUUUCCGCAGCGCACAGAUGGUCGCCACGAUUAUCGCAUUUGGAAUAGCCAGCUAAUUUCCUAUGCUGGAUACAAGCAAGUUGAUGGACAAAUUAUUGGGGAUCCUAUGAAUGCGGAAUUUACCGAGGUUUGCAUAAAAUUGGGUUGGAAAGGUAGAGGGACAGAAUGGGACAUUUUGCCUUUGGUUGUAUCAGCAAAUGGCCAUGAUCCGGACUAUUUCGACUAUCCAUCAGAAUUGAUAUUGGAAGUCCCAUUAACUCAUCCAAAAUUUGAGUGGUUUGCAGAAUUGAGUCUGCGUUGGUAUGCUGUACCAGCAGUUUCGUCGACUUUUGAUGUUGGCGGUCUUCAGUUCACAGCGACUACAUUCAGCGGAUGGUACAUGUCAACGGAAAUUUGCUGUCGGAAUUUGUGUGACAUAAAUCGUCGAAAUAUGUUAGAGACCAUUGCUUUGAAGAUGAAUUUGGAUACUCGUACACCAACCUCACUGUGGAAAGAUAAAGCUGUCGUAGAAGUAAAUAUAGCCGUGCUGCAUUCUUAUCAAAGUCACAAUAUCACAAUAGUCGAUCAUCACACGGCCAGUGAAAGUUUCAUGAAACACUUUGAGAAUGAAUCAAAAUUGCGCAAUGGCUGUCCAGCUGAUUGGAUAUGGAUUGUACCACCUAUGUCUGGUUCGAUUACGCCUGUCUUCCACCAAGAAAUGGCUUUGUAUUAUUUAAAGCCAUCGUUUGAUUAUCAGGAUCCAGCCUGGCGUACGCACAUAUGGAAGAAGGGACGCGGAGACGGCAAGAGCAAAAAACCGAGACGUAAAUUUAAUUUCAAACAAAUUGCAAGGGCUGUGAAAUUUACAUCGAAAUUAUUUGGACGCGCUUUGUCAAAACGUAUUAAGGCGACUGUUUUGUAUGCAACCGAAACUGGCAAGUCCGAGCAGUAUGCAAAUCAGUUAUGUGAAUUAUUGGGACACGCGUUCAAUGCACAGAUUUAUUGCAUGUCAGAUUACGAUAUCUCUUCCAUUGAGCAUGAGGCUUUGUUGAUUGUAGUAGCAUCUACAUUCGGUAAUGGAGAUCCGCCAGAAAACGGAGAGCUUUUCUCACAGGAAUUGUAUGCAUUGCGGGUACAAGAAGGCAGUUGCGAUGGUCACGACUCCAGCAUUGGUGUUAGCUCAUCAAAAUCCUUUAUGAAAGCCAGUUCAAGGCAAGAUUUAAUCAAGUUGCCUUUACAGCAAGUAAGGAAAAUCGAUCGCUGGGAUUCCCUGCGAGGGUCGACAUCAGAAACUUUUACGGAGGAAAAUUUCGGGCCCUUGUCAAAUGUGAGAUUUGCGGUAUUUGCAUUGGGUUCUUCCGCUUAUCCCAAUUUUUGCGCCUUUGGCCAAUAUGUUGACAAUGUACUCGGUGAGUUAGGCGGUGAACGAUUGCUAAAGAUAGCAUAUGGUGAUGAAAUGUGCGGACAGGAACAAACUUUCCGUAAAUGGGCACCUGAAGUAUUCAAACUCGCUUGUGAGACGUUCUGUUUAGAUCCAGAGGAGAGUUUGUCGGAUGCCUCAUUGGCUUUACAAAAUGAAUCAUUGACCGUAAAUACCGUGCGUUUGGUUCCCUCGAAGCCUCGUGGUUCUUUGGAGGAGUUGUUAUCCAAAUUUCAUAACAAAAAAGUUUAUUGUUGUCCUAUUAAAGAAGCCCCAAUUAAUCUUACCAAUAUUGGAAAUGGCGAAAGGACUACUAUUCUUCUGAAGAUUAGUGUGCCCGGAUUGGAAUAUGAACCAGGCGAUCAUGUUGGAAUAUUUCCAGCAAAUCGGGAAGAUAUUGUUGAUGGCAUUUUAAAACGACUCACUGGUGUAGAAAAUACGGAGGAGGUCUUGCAACUGCAAUUGCUUAAAGAGAAGCAUACAUCGAAUGGCAUUUUCAAAUUAUGGGAAUCCCAUGAUAAGGUGCCACCAGAUUCAGUUCGUAAUUUAUUGUUGCGUUUCUUCGAUAUAACCACACCACCAACGCGUCAAAUGCUCACUCUUCUCGCUGGAUUUUGCGAUGACAAUCAGGACAAGGAGCGUUUGCAAUUGUUGGCUACUGAUUCUUCGGCAUAUGAAGACUGGCGACACUGGCGCUUGCCACAUUUACUGGAAGUUAUGGAGGAAUUCCCUUCCUGUAAACCACCUGCAACGCUGGUGUUGGUUAAUUUAAUGCCGCUGCAAGCUCGAUUUUACUCGAUUUCCUCUUCGCCACGAAAAGUCAACAAUGAAAUACAUUUAACGGUGGCCAUCGUUCGAUACCGGUCAGAGGAUGGUAGUGGUGACGAGCGUUAUGGCGUUUGUUCAAAUUAUCUAGCCGGCCUAAAUAAUACUGACAAAUUACAUAUGUUUGUGCGUAGUGCACCUAGCUUUCAUUUACCUCCCAAUCACGAACGCCCUAUUAUUUUGAUUGGGCCAGGUACUGGCAUAGCACCAUUCCGCUCUUUUUGGCAGGAAUUCGAAAUGUUGCGUGAGCUUAAUGCGGAUGUACCGCUGCCUAAGGUUUGGCUCUUCUUCGGGUGUCGCAAUCGAGAGGUUGAUCUGUAUUCGAACGAAAAAGAUCAGUUGGUGCGUGAAAACAUAUUAAAUCGCGUUUUCCUGGCUCUUUCACGUGAGUCUAACAUACCGAAGACUUACGUUCAGGACCUGAUUGAAAAGGAAUUCGAUUCACUUUACAAGCUGAUUGUCGAGGAGCAAGGUCACAUUUACGUUUGUGGCGACGUCACAAUGGCCGAGCAUGUUUACCAGACAAUCAGGAAGUGCAUUGCCGUAAAAGAGCAAAAAACUGAAACGGAAGUUGAGACAUUUAUGCUCACAUUGCGGGAUGCAAAUCGUUAUCACGAGGAUAUUUUCGGAAUCACGCUACGCACCGCGGAAAUACAUACGAAGUCUAGGGCAACAGCACGUAUACGCAUGGCAUCACAGCCAUAGAUGGAAAAUAUAUACAAAUACGCAGGCGCAAGGCCAUACUAAUAAUUUAUUGCCGUAAAGUUUAGUUUAAUUUUUUAAGCAUACUGUUUAUUCAUAUAUGUACAUCUGUUAAGCCGUACUAGAAGACAAACAAAACCUUUUUCAAAUUUGAAUGGGCCAUAGAAUUGCUCGAGAAGAUGCUAUGAAACUUAAAAUAAUUAAUUAUAUAAACCUUAUAUUCAAAAAAUAUGUAAAACAAAUCAAAAUCCUAUAACUAAAAUAAAGUACUCUCACUAAUGCAUACAGUUACAUUAAUUGGUAACUAUCUCGAAUAAAUUACCAUAUUUCUAUUAAUGGUGCAUUACAACACGUCGUUCGUUAUAUAUGAGUAGAAACACAUCAUCCCCCCCCCCCAUUUUCCACUUGAUUAUCGAAUUUGAAUAUGAGUAUUUUUUCAUAAAGCAGUCACCAUGAACAAGUAGUCUCCCGCUCAGUUUUUUUAAAUUUUAGUUUUAACAACAAUUUUUUUUAAUUUAAAAGUUUUACUACUUUUAGUUAAAAAAUUAAUAUAUAUUUAAAAAACUAUUGGUGAUUUUUUAAAGAAAUUUUGAAGAGUUAGAGUUUAAUACUUGAACUUUGAAGACAUAAGUAUGAAUUAAAAUUUUUUUUUCAUAUUGUUUAUUAACUUUUAAGUUAACAAAUAAAAAUUUUAAUGACUUUUCCAUCAAAAUAUAUAAUGAAUAGAUAGAUAAUAGAAUAAAUGCCCUGAAGUCAACAAUCCUGAGAAGUGAAAUGAUGUGAUCGAAAAUGAGGAAGAAAAAUAUCCUACUCUUCAAUGCAAACCGGUAGAUAACAAAUUAAACAUUGAUAAGUUUAAUAAAUUAUUAAAGAAAAUUGGUGGAACUCCAAUCAAUCAAUCCAAAUCAAGAGAUUCUAAAGUGAUGUAGAAUGUUACAAAGUUGUGAGUAAAUUUACAGAUAAUAUUAGGUCAAGUGAAAGUUCGUUCGGUUUUUUUUUUUUGAUUUUUCAAAAAAUGAUAACUUUGUGUACAUUUGUCCGAUUUAAGUCAAAUAUGCGCCGUUUUGUUCGUAAACUUGCCAACGAGAUGCCAACUUCAUUAUACCCCUCUCGUAGAAGGCUGCGUCCGUAUUGGCAAAAAACUCGAAGAGCCAAUUUUCACAGGCCUCUCUUGAGGCCAACUUCUCACCAUUAAGCGCGUUCGCCAUGGACAGGAAAAUAUGAUAAUCACUUGAUGACAGGUCCGGACUAUAAGGUGGGUCACCAAAGACGUGUGUGGCCUGGAGCUGUCCUGAUGGAACACAAUUCGGCCUCUGUUGAUCAAAGAUGGCCUCUUUUGGAUGAGUUCUGCCUUCAAGCGGUCCAGUUGUUGGCAGUAGAGGGUUUGGCCAUAGGGGAGCAGCUCGUAGUAGAUGAUUCCUUUCCAAUCCCACCAAACACACAGCAAAACCUUCCUGGCCACCGUCUGGGCCGCUACCCCUAGCUUUAACCACGACCGUUUGUACUCGAUGUUGUCCCAUUUUUCAUCGCCAGUCACAAUCCGCUUCAGAAACGGGUAGAUUUCGUUGCGAUUCAGCAGCGAUUCGCAGAUGGAAAUUCGGUUCAUCAUGUUUUUUUGCAUUAGUUCAUGUGGCACCCAAACAUCAAGCUUCUUUUUGAAUCCAAGGUUAUGCAAAUGGAUCCAAACGAUUUUCUGGCUUAUUUUUAGUUCCUCAGAAAUUAAAUAAGUGCUCACGUGACGGUCUGUUUCCACUAUUUCCAUGAUUUUAUCGCAAUUUUCGACGACAGGCCUCCCGACGCGUGGUGCAUCUUUGACAUCGAAAUUACCGGAACGGAACCUAGCAAACCACUUUUGUGCUACACGUUCGUUUACAGUAUCGGGCCCAUAAACUAAAUUAAUUUUUCAGCCGCUUUGACUGCUUUUCGCCUUGAUCGAAGAAAAAUUGUAAAAUAUAGCGAAUUUUCUCUUUGCUGGUGUCCAUCUUUGACGGGCGCGAACUUUUAGCGCGAAUAAACAGGUUUUCAGCGCCGUAUUGUAUGAUAUGAUGCGAGACGUAGUAACACUAGUACUAUGGCCAUCUCUUAGAUAAAAAUCGAACGAACUUAACCUAAUAUUAAUAAUAUAAAUAAUGAAAUUGAUCCAAAAGAGCUUUUACUCAAUAACUUUAAAUCUGAUAAAACUAGUAGAGCUGCUAAAAUUCAGGGUUUGACUACGCUUCCUACAGAUUGGUCGAUUAAAAUGAGAGUUUAAAGUUUCAAACGAAUAGAAACAACUCUAAACAAUGUAACCCUCGAUCGUAUUGAAGCGUUUUUUCUAUCCGAUGAUGAUGAAAAGAGCAUGUGAUGGUUUGGCAGGAAGUUUUAAAAUCAAGCAUUUCGUGCAAGUCUUCAACGGAGAAGCGAUACGCACAUAACCAAUGCAACUUCAUUAUUUGAAUGGGGUAAGAAUAAAUUUAAAAUAAAUAAACUUUAGUUUUUGCUCUCAAGAAGAUCAUGACUCCCAUGGGAAGAAGUUUAAAUUACGUUAUGACCGAUGUGUAACCAUUAAAAAUACACGCCAAUAUUAACAUUACAAAACUCUUAAUAAUACAUGAUUCGAGUGCAAAGUUUUCGCCAAAGACAUUAAAAUCGGUACCAAUAAAGUUUAAAAAAAAUUGAGAUAAAGCAAUACAUAUAAGUUAUAAGAAUUAAUUUAAAAAUUAUUUAACUUCUUUGUUUUUUAUUUAUGAAAAAAUAUUUCAUUUAUUAUCUGUCAAUUGUUAUUAUAUUAAAUUAAUCAUAAAAUAACGACAUUUUUAAUUAAAACAUUAAGUAUUAUUCCUUCUUUAUAAUUACUAAGUAAAUCUGAAGAUAAGUCAAUGACGCGCGGCAGCGCGCUUUACCGGCAGCGAUUUCGUUACUUUCAUGUUUAUUGCAAAAUAUUGAAAAAAAACUAAUUUUCUGAGGGAGAAGUCAUUAAAAUUUUCCUUUGUUAACAUAAAAGUUGCUAAACAAUAUGAAAAAAAAAAAAUUUUAAUUCAAACAUAUUUUCUCAAAGUUCAAGUAUUGAACUUUAACUCUUCAAAAUUUCAAUUCAAUUCAAUUCAAAAAUCACCAAUAGUUUCUUAAUUAUUAAUUUUUUGACUAAGGGUAGUAAGAGUUUUCAAUUAAAAAAAAAUUGUUGUUAAAAUUUAAAUUUAAAAAAACUGAGCGGGAGAUUACUUGUUCAUGGUGACUAGUUUAUGAAAAAAUACUUACAUUCAAACACGAUGAUCAAGUGGAAAAUGGGGGAUCCACUUGACGUGAAUCACAUUCAUUUUAAAUACAUAAAAAACUAACUACAACUUGUACUAAACACUAAUACCACACUGUUACAAAAUGUAAAAUAUUUAAGAUAUUUAGUUUCAAUUUUAGAGCAAUAAGCAUUAUUUAAACGCAUUCUAUAUCAAAUAAAUUCUUAUUAAACUGUUAGUACCUUUGCACAAAUGUAAGGAAAAUAGUAAACACAAUGACAUACUGUUAUCUAUAUUUAUCUAUUAAUUACAGCAUACUUAUACUUAAAAUAUUGUAUUUAUUAGUUACAAGUAUUUUACAAACGUUUGAGUAAUAUGUUGUGUCCUCCAAAUGAUAAUAAAUGUUGCAAUACUUGUA